AUGUUUAUUUAUUUUUUUCUUCUUUCUGUGUCAUUUCCAUGCAAUUUUCCGAAAACGAAUCCAUCACGCAGUAAAACUACAACAAGUAAAAGUCUGGCAGCGAGUCGAGUGGAAAACGUGACACAAACAAUCGCACGAAUUUUGGACGGAUAUGACAUUCGAUUGAGACCGAAUUUCGGAGGCGAACCAUUGACUGUCGGCAUGGAUUUAACAAUAGCUAGUUUUGAUGCAAUUUCUGAAGUUAACAUGGAUUACACAAUUACAAUGUAUUUAAAUCAGUAUUGGCGCGAUGAGCGUCUCGCAUUUAGCGGCUCGAAUGACCUGAUAACGCUCGCCGGUGACUUUGCCGAGAAAAUUUGGGUGCCAGAUACGUUUUUUGCCAACGAUAAGAACAGUUUCCUGCAUGACGUGACGGAACGCAACAAGCUCGUUCGCAUCAGCGGCGAUGGGCAGGUGAUUUACGGGAUGCGUUUCACAACAACACUCGCCUGUAUGAUGGAUUUGCAUUAUUAUCCGCUGGACCAACAAAAUUGCACAGUUGAAAUUGAGUCAUAUGGCUACACGAUCUCCGACAUUCUCAUGUACUGGAAACCGACGCCCGUGAGUGGCGUGGAGGAAGCAGAACUGCCACAAUUCUCCAUUCUCGGCUACGAGACGAACGAUCGAAAGGAAAAAUUAGCAACAGGUGUUUAUCAAAGAUUGUCAUUAUCAUUUAAACUGCAACGCAAUAUCGGUUAUUUUGUGUUCCAAACGUAUUUGCCAAGCAUUUUGAUUGUUAUGUUGUCGUGGGUGUCCUUCUGGAUAAAUCAUGAAGCGACAAGUGCACGUGUUGCAUUAGGUAUCACAACUGUCCUGACGAUGACGACAAUCAGUACGGGCGUGCGAAGUUCCCUGCCACGAAUAUCCUACGUUAAGGCCAUAGAUAUUUAUUUAGUGAUGUGUUUCGUUUUCGUUUUUGCUGCGUUACUGGAAUAUGCAGCGGUCAACUACACCUACUGGGGUGCGAGAGCCAAGAAGAAAGCCAAAAAAUUAAAGGAGAAUUACGUGAAACCGUCAGCGUCAAAGUCGCACUCACCUCGAAUCCACUACCAGCAUCAGUCGCAACAAACGGAAGACAUCAUUGAACUGCAGGACGUACGUAUGAGUCCGAUAGCAUCACUAAGAAAUAGACAAUAUUCCAGCUCAAUUGCCGGAUCGAAUCCUGAAUCCAUAGAUCUGGCCAAAUUUCCGCCCAGUUUUCGCAUAGCACGCACAUACGGGACAACUAGUAGUCGAUGUAGCAUGCGAUAUCGAAGUCAUCACUUCCACCAAAGCAAUCGUCCGAAAAUGAUGAAUGCCAUUCGACGUGGUGCCAGCGUCAUUCGCGCAUCAAUUCCAAAAAUCAAAGACGUCAAUCUGAUCGAUAAAUAUUCACGUGUCAUCUUUCCACUGAGUUUCUUGAUAUUCAACGUCAGUUACUGGACUUUUUACGUCAUCCAAUAA